CCGGGAGUGAAACUCGGAGCUACAUAAGAAUCUGAUUUGUGUUGUAUUAUACUGAGUAAUUUCCACGGUGUCUCAUAUCGUAAAAUAUUCAUCAGAACUGUCAUACAGUCAUUUAAACCAAACACUAGAACUGAAAUUUGAAACUGCCGUGACUCCUAGUCACGAGUGACGAGUGAUCAUUUGUUUAUGUUGACAUCGAAACAAAAUGGCGAAUUUUAAAGUGGCGUUGACAGUCUGGUUUACCGUUCAACUUCCGUAUUGCUACACUUGGUAUUUGCCAACAAGUCCGUCGGUUGAGUACUGUAAUACUACAAGACAAGAUAGCAGUUGUGAGACUGAGUUACCCGUGUUUGUGAACAGGCUGGAUUCCAACAAGCGAUAUAUUCCAUACAAAUAUGAUGGAUUUGGUUUUGUGAAAUUGCCGUCGAAGUCUAACAUUAAAGAAAACAUAGGUGAACUGUUGCAAGGAGAUCGACUACACAAAUCACCAUAUAAUAUGACAUUUCUGACUGCUGGCUCUUGUAUGAUGGGUGAUACAUGGCAGACUACAUACACACGGAAUACCAAUAUGUGGGCACAUUUGAAAGAAGCUAUAAUGCUAAAUUAUCAACAUCACUG